AUGACAGAUGCAGACUUCAAAGUUAAAUUUUGCAUUGAUAAAAUAAAAAUACGAGCAGAGCAGAGUAGAGCAGAGCAGCAGCAAACAAAAACUUUAAAACUUUUUGGCGGACGAGAUGAAUGUUUAAAUAAUAAUCAUAUUGAUUAUUUUGGAUUGUUAUUAAAAAAUUGUUCAGAAUAUCAUCCACGUGAAUCAUGGAGAAUCCAUUGCCCUGAUACGAUUGAACCCGUUUCUGAAGAUCAGGAACAUAUUCAAAUAUUGUAUAGUUGUAAUGAUAUAAAAACAAAUAUAAACGGACAUUGGGUUUGCAGUUAUUAUAAUACGAAAACAAUUUAUAUUUAUGAUUCAUUGAAUUUAAAGUGGUUGCAUGUGCAUCAUAAGAUUUAUCUUGAAAAAUUAUAUCCAUUUUACACUUUUGAGAAAAAAUCAAUACAGUUUCCAAAAGUUCAAGAACAAUCUAAUAAAAAUGAUAGUGGAGUUUUUGCAAUUGCAUUUGCAGUAUCACUUUUAUUCGGACUUCAACCAAAUACAAUUAUGUAUGAUCAUAGUUUAAUGCGUCAACAUUUAACACAAAUAUUUCAAUCAAAUAAAAUAGAACAUUUUCCUCGAAUUAUAAGACCUGCUGACCCAAAGCAAUUGUUUUCUUUGGAAGAGGUACAAAAAAGAAAACUAUUAGCUAAGAAGCAACGAAAAUUUCGAUUAGAAAAAAGAGAGGAAAAGAAAAGUACAAAUAUUUGUUAA